AUGCGAAAAUCAUCUCUGAGGUCUAUGAAAAGCAAGGCUAGGAGGUACGCAUGCCUCAAAGCCGACGAAAUCAGCACUGGACGCACAGUAUGGGUAUUUGGAAAGGAAGAUCACGGGACGCUUCUACCUCUCGUUGGACGUACUAAAGUAGGCGCUUCAAAAGGUGUGGGACGAUAUCGACGUGGUCUACCUGCGGCGCAGUGUUGA